GACCGUUUGCAUGGUAAUGUCUGUGGUCUACAUCCUGUAGCCGUAUACACUGGCAUUUUGACGGAAGCAUUCUCCUACUACAACAGAAUAGACGCUGGUCGCUAAACCACGUGCCAGUGGCUCACCUUGUGUCACCGUCGCUGCGAGCAGCCACGGCACAACUCGCACUCACACCCCAUCCCUACCUCCCUACCUCACGCAAUGAGCUUUCAGGACAUCGAAACCGGGCUCGCACAGCGACCAACCUCGCCUCGCAAUGUUGUGCCUCAGUCGCAGGAAGAGGCCGCGUUCCUGAACCUCCAGUCGUCGCUCUCCCUCCAGGUCUUCAAGAUUAACUCGAAUGUCCAGGGGAUUCUGAAGCUGGUGGACCAGCUUGGCACGGCGCGGGACUCGCCAAACCUGCGGAAGUCUCUCCAUGACCUGACAGAGUCUACCCGUGCGAUGGCGAAGCGCGGUUCGGAUGACCUGAAGAAGUUAUCUGCAUUACAGGCCACUCUGCCUCGGCAUAAGACGUCGUUGCAGAAGACCUCGCACGACUUCCAGUUGUCUCUAGUUGCCUUCCAGCGAGCGCAGCAGGUCAGCGCAGAACGGCAGCGCACAGUCGUGCAGGGCGUGAAGAUGGCAGUCGAGGACGAAGCUGCAGCUGCCGAAGAACGGCCCUCCAGCCCCACGCCCUCACAACGGCAAGCGCAGAUGCUCCAGAACCAGUUCUCCCCACAGGAGCUCGCGUUCCAGGAGUCGCUGAUCCAAGAGCGCGAGGCCGAGAUCCGCGAGAUUGAGACGGGCAUCCACGAGCUGUCCGAGAUCUUCCGCGACCUCGGCACCCUCGUCCAGGAGCAGGGCGGCAUGCUCGACAACAUCGAGUCGAACAUAUCCUCGAUUGCAGUCGACACCUCCGGCGCAGCAGAAGAGCUGCAGUCCGCGCACGAGUACCACGCAAGGCUGGGCGGCGCGCGCUCUGCCUCAUGCUCAUCCUGUCGUCGUCGUCGCGUCGUCCUCCUCGCAAUCUUGUCGUGACCGUGACGACGACGUUGUACGCUGACGAGCGAAUGUCAUACCCGGCGGGCGGAUGGAUGUUUUGCGAAUUCCUUGUACUUGAUGUUUUGUUCCGCUCUUUUGGCGUUCUGGCUUGCUGGCCACUU